CUGAACAAAAAGCGUAUCAUUGCAUUUCGCGGAACCCUAAACCUACGAAACAGAGAUCGGACAAGCUCUGUGUCCUUCAUCAACCCGAGACGAUGAAAGGAAACGUGUCGAUUUUCCGACAGGUUCUUCAACGCAGAUUCUCCACUCUCCGGUCGCCGUGUUCGUCCUCGCUGUCGAAUUCCGUGCGAUCCCUAAUUUUAGCCCCAAACUCGAUUUCGUCGCAGAUUGCAAGGAAUUCAGUGUUUGUUGCUUCCUCUAUUUGGGCUUCCGCUGAGUUCAACGCUUCCAACGCUUCUCUUCCUGUCCGGAGAAGCUUCUGUUCCGCUGCCGGAGAUCAGCCCAAAGUUGUGGUGUUGAAAUCAGAGGAAGAGUUCAAAAAUGCACUGAGCAAAGCUCAAGAUGGAUCUUUGCCAUCAAUCUUCUACUUCACUGCUGCAUGGUGUGGUCCUUGCAGGUUUAUUUCUCCGGUGAUUGUGGAGCUUAGUGAGAAAUAUCCCGAUGUUACAACAUAUAAGGUCGACAUUGACGAGGAUGGCCUUUCAAGCACUAUCAGCAACUUAAACAUCGCUGCUGUUCCGACACUGCAUUUCUUCAAAGAAGGCGCGAAAAAAGCCGAGAUAGUGGGCGCAGACGUUGCAAAGCUGAAGCAACUGAUGGAACAGCUCUACAAGUAAGUUCAUUUCAUUGCGCUCUUCCUCUCUGCAUUAGAGAUUGCUCUCAUAGAAACCAAAAAAACUCAAGUUAUGGAACUUCUGAAAUGAAACACAGAAGCAGACAAAAAAAAAACCCUUGUCUUGAUUACAGUUUUUGUUUUGAGACUUUUGUCAAAAAAACCAUGUCUUUUUUUUUUUUUUUGUAUAAAGAGUUUACAUAACACUGCUUUCAGUUUCCAUUAUCCUUGAAUCCUCAUGCAAUAUGUGUUACUGUAAAUGAAUAAAGUGAUUUUGUGAAACA